ACUUACAAAUUCACAUGCAAUAACUUUUUUCGUGGAUUCUAUUUUAAAGUUUAGUAGUUUUACGGUUCAGAUCCAACUCCAUUUGAGCUCUUUAUCCUAAAUUUAUUUUGGAAUUUGGUUUUAAAUGACGUUUUUGCCUAUGCAACUUAAAGAAACGGCAGAAAUCGAUAGAAUAUCUGAAUCACAAACAAAGAGAUAGCGCCAGUCAUCUUUUUGACUUGCUUCCUGUGUUGUGAAUUAUUCCCCACAUGAUUUGGUAGAUAGUUUAAUCUACGAAAACGUGCGGCAAGUGAAGCAAGAUAAGGAUGGGGAAGCCAAAGAAAGGGAAAAAGAAGGACGCUGAUUGGGAGGAUGAUGUGCUCAAUGAUCUUGAAUCAUUAAAGGAGGACGGACUAGACAAGGAAAAUGGCGCAAGUGAACCUAAGGGAAACAAAAAUGCUGGUGGUAGGUUUCAAGGUCUUGAUAUUGAAGAUGAUGAGGUCAUGGAAGCUGAUGGAAAUGACGAUGAAUUGGAAACAGUGACAAGUUCAAAGAAAAAUAAGAAAGACAAAAAAAAGAAACAAGAUGAAACUGAAACAGAAAUUGAACAAAUUGCUUCCAAGGACGAUGGCAAAAGUGAAAAUGAUACUUUGGAGACAAAUAAUGAUAAUGAGAUUUUAGAUGAACCUAAUGUCACCACAUCUAAAAAGUCCAAGAAGAAAAAGAAAGACAAAAAGGAUUUUGACUUUGAUUUGGAGGAAGAUUCUGGAGAUGACGAAGUGAAACCUGUUCCAAAGCAAGAUACUGCAGCUCCGAAACCUGACACUAAUCCUGAUGAAUCUGGUGCUAUAAUAAAAACAGCUGCACAAAAAAGAGCUGAAAAGAAAGAAAGGGAGAAAAAGAAAAAAGAAGCUGAAAAAGCCAAGGCAAAAGCAAAAGCUACAAAAGAGGCAAGUAAAGGAGAAACCAAGGAGGAUGACAAGAGUGGAGAAGGGACUGGUGAGACCCAAGCUGAAACCAGCAAUGAAGAUAAGGGAGAAGGUGCGGGUGACAUGGAAGCUGACAAGACAGCACCUGAUAACCUGGAAGACAAGACCGAAGACCAAGAAGGUGAAGAGGAUGGAGAGGAAAAAGAUAAAAAGAAAAAGAAAAAGAAGAAAAAAGGAGAGAAAGAAGAGAAGAAAGUGAAGAAGCCAAACAAGGCCUUGGUGAAACAGAUGCAGGAGCAGCUGGAGAAGCUCAAGGCUGAGGAAGAAAGAAGGAAACAGGAAGAGGAAGAGAAACAAAGAGCUCUUGAAGAGGCAGAGAACAGGAGACUUGAGAAGUUAAGACUUGAACAGGAAAGGAAAGAGAAGAAAAAACAGAAAGAGAAGGAGAAGAAAGAGAGGCUUAAAAAGGAAGGAAAACUCCUCACUAAAUCACAGAGGCAACAGCGAGCACAAGCUCAAGCCAUGUUAGAUUCAAUGAAAAAACAAGGUCUAAUCAACAUUCCGGCCCUGAAUCAACAAGAGCAGGAUGGAGUGAGGAAACCAGUGAGGUAUGGCACAAAAAAACCAAAGAAACAGCAACCACAGCAGCAACAAGAACAAGAUCAGGAAGAAACAGUGCAGGCUGAGGCCGAGGAUAUUGAAACAACUGAAAGGGCAGCUGUUGGGGAGGAAGACAAGAAAUCUGAUGAGCUGCAGGAUGAUGACGCUGAAAACGAUGAACAAGAAGAAGACAAAGAAGAGGAAGAUGAAGAAGAUGAGGAAGAAGAUGAGGUUAAGGAUUCCUGGGAUGUUGAUUCUGAUGAAGAAACAGAGGAAAGCACUGCUGGUAAAGAUUCUAGUGCCAAACCAGCCGACACCGUUCAGGUGGAAGUCAAAGAGCCCACAGAUGUAGCUGCUGAGAGUGAAGAAGAAUCUGAGGAGAGUGAGGAAAGUGAAGAAGAAAGUGACUCUGAGGAAAAUGACGAUGACAGUGACAGCGAAGAAGAGUCGGACGACGAGGAAAGCAAAACAGAGACUGUAUGGGAAAGAAUACAGAAAAGGCAUGUGAGAGCAGAAGCCAACCGCAGCACGGACAACUUGCGAUCUCCUGUUAUCUGUGUACUAGGGCAUGUGGACACCGGAAAAACAAAGAUUUUAGAUAAGAUUCGUCACACCCAUGUCCAAGACGGAGAGGCGGGUGGGAUCACGCAACAGAUCGGUGCUACUAUGGUCCCUGUAGACGCCAUUAGAGAGCAGACGAAGAUGAUUAAAGACUUCCAGUCUUUUGACAUUAAGCUUCCUGGUCUUCUUAUCAUCGACACACCAGGGCACGAGUCUUUCAGUAAUUUACGUUCCCGAGGUUCAUCACUGUGUGAUAUGGCCAUUUUAGUGGUAGACAUCAUGCACGGCUUGGAACCGCAAACCAUCGAGUCACUCAACCUGUUGAAGAAGAGGAAGACUCCUUUUGUUGUGGCGCUGAAUAAGGUUGACAGGCUGUUCGAAUGGAAGCGAGGACCUAAUUCUGGCAUCGUAGACACGAUCAAGAAACAGAAGAAGAACACCAAGCAAGAGUUUGAUGAACGUGUGCAGAUCGUAAUCAAAGAGUUUUCUGAGCAGGCUUUGAACGCAGCUUUGUUCUACAACAAUCCCGACCCUCGUUCGUACGUUUCGCUCGUACCCACAUCAGCUCACACGGGAGAUGGAAUGGGAGACCUCAUCUCACAAGUGGUGCAGCUUACUCAAACAAGACUGGCACAGAGGCUCUCCUACUCAGAGGAUAUGGAGAGCAUGGUGUUAGAGGUCAAAUCACUGCCUGGUCUCGGUACCACCAUAGAUUUAAUCCUGGUGAAUGGGAAACUCAAAGAAGGGGACACAGUUAUUGUGGCUGGAAUUGAGGGUCCCAUUGUGACCCAAAUUAGGGCCCUUCUCACGCCUCAGCCCCUCAAAGAGUUGCGGGUCAAAAACCAGUAUAUUAACAAUAAGGAACUGUUGGGGGCCCAGGGAGUUAAAAUUGCUGCUAAGGACCUGGAAAAGGCCCUAGCUGGUAUACCACUGUUUGUUGCCCAGCAACCAGAUGAGGUGGAUUAUUGGAAGAAUGAAGUGGCCAAUAUACUACGCGACACUCUACAGUCUAUCAAGCUGUCUGAUCGUGGUGUGUAUGUACAGGCCUCUACGUUAGGAUCUUUGGAAGCCUUACUUGAAUUUCUGCGCACAUCAAAAAUUCCCUACUCCGGAGUGAACAUUGGUCCAGUUCACAAGAAGGACAUCAUGAAAUGUUCCACCAUGUUGGAGCACGAUAGCCAAUACGCUGUGAUCCUGGCCUUUGAUGUACGGAUAGAGAGAGAGGCACAAGAAAUGGCUGACAAUUUGGGCGUGAGAGUGUUUUCCGCAGACAUCAUUUAUCACUUGUUUGAUAAAUUUACAGCUUAUAGAGAGGAUCUAAAACAAAAGAAGCGAGAAGAGUUCAAACACAUCGCAGUGUUUCCAUGUAAGCUUCGAAUCAUGCCACAGCAUAUCUUCAACUCUCGUGGCCCGAUUGUCGUCGGCGUGGUCGUGGAGGCUGGUGUCAUAAAGGAAGGGACACCAAUAGCGAUUCCAAGCAAAGAGUUUUUGGACAUCGGUGUCCUUACUGGUAUUGAAGCAAACCACAAGCCACUUACUGAAGCUCGUAAAGGAAUGGAGGUGUGUGUCAAGAUCGAGUCGCCCCCAGGAGAGGCUCCCAAAAUGUAUGGGCGGCAUUUCGAUCACACGGACCUGUUGGUCAGUAAGAUAAGCCGGGAAUCUAUCGAUGCUGUGAAGGAGUACUUCAGAGAAGAUCUACAGAAAUCCGACUGGCAGCUUAUGAUCGAACUCAAGAAAAUCUUUGAAAUUAUAUAAAUAUAGAUUAAAGAGCGUUCAGAGACUUUAAAUUUUCAAUUGUAUGUCAUGCCCUUAGUGGCCUGGGAUCUGAUUGCAUCUCUUAAGUGUCAAGAAUCUUUAAGAAAGCUUGGUUGUGGGGGAAGAGUGAUGGUUGUUUUUGCAACAACCUCUGGUGUCACGAUUUAAUUUUCUGUCCACCCUAUCAAACAACUGAGUGCAUUACAGGUAACAUUUUGGACCAUGGUACAUGAAACUCUGACUUAAAGGACAAUCGUUGCUCAAUAAUUUAUAAUUACCUAGUUAAAGAAGUGCGUUGUGUGGCUGAUGUUCCAUACUGAGUCCUCUAUGAGUACAAGACUCCUGUAUUGUACGUUGUAAGCCUUAAUUUUUCGGCUUGAAGAACCUGCUUCAGGACUAGAAAAAUGUCUCUUGCUUGGGAGAGUACCCUUGGUAAAGUUAAUAAAACAAGGGCUGUAAGGUAAUUUUUUCAGUUGGUACCAAAGUUUGACGAAGUCGAGUCCUUUGAGUGAAGGUGUGCACAAAAUAAAGGAAUCCUUUAAGAGAGGUUCCAGUAAAUGACAACCAGUACUGUGUCACAUUAUGCAGUUUAUUAAGGGUGCUAGUUGCCGAGACUUAUCAAAUACUUUCCAACUAAAUGUUCAGAUACGUAAGAUGUUUUGUAGCUAAGUCAGACAAUUAAUGCUCCAUUAAAAACCCGCAAAAUUUGG